GCCACCAUGGCACGACGACAGCAACUGCAUGUGUGGCUCCUGCUGUCACUCCUUACAGCUGCAAGUGUCAGUGGAGGACGGAUUUUGGUCUGGUACACUGAGGGCAGCCACUGGAUCAACAUGAAGCCUGUUCUGGAGACGCUUGUGGACAGAGGACACGAGGUGACAGUGCUGGUUCCAAGUUCCUCUGUCUUUAUGAACAGCAGCGAGACUGCACGCUUUCAAUAUGAGCCCUUCGAUGUGCCCAUCUCCUCUGAGGCCAUGGAGCUAUUCUUUGAGGAGUUCCUUGAUUUCUCUGUGUACCAGAUGGAUUACAUGAACAUUUUUCAGAUAUACAUGCGUUUCAUUGAGUUCUUGAGAGUUGAAAUCAAGCACCACUUGUAUCAUCUGGAUACCAUUAUGAAACCAGACAUUCUGAAAAAGCUGAGAGAUGGAAACUAUGACCUGAUGUUUUCGGACCCCAUCUACAUCGGCAGUGACUUAGUGGCCGAUCACCUGGACCUGCCGUUGGUGUACUCCUUGCGCUUUACUUUGGCCCAUCACUGGGAAAGAUACUGCGCUCAGCUUCCUGCACCCCCUUCCUUUGUCCCUGCGUCCAUGAGCAAACUCACAGACAAGAUGGACUUCUUUGAGAGAAUGUGGAACUUCCUCUUCUACGCUCUGCAAGAUGUCGUGCUUAACCACGUAUUGUGGCGCGAUGUUGAUAAAUUUUACUCAGAGUUCAAAGGGAAACCAACAAGCGCCUGUGAGCUACUUGGUAAAGCAGACAUGUGGUUGAUACGGACCUACUGGGAUUUUGAUUUCCCUCGCCCAUCUCUCCCCAACUUUAAAUUCAUUGGCGGGAUCCACUGCAGACCGGCUAAACCUUUACCAGAGGACAUGGAAAAGUUUGUGCAAAGCUCCGGUGAUGAUGGUGUUGUCGUGUUCACUCUGGGCUCUGCCAUCAAAAACCUCACCGACGACAAGGCAGACGCGAUUGCCACAGCACUGGCCCGGCUCCCACAGAAGGUUCUAUGGCGAUACAGUGGCAGCAAACCACUCUCUCUGGGUGCGAAUACCAGAAUCUACGACUGGAUUCCCCAGAACGACUUGCUUGGGCACUCGAAGACCAGAGUUUUCAUCACUCACGGCGGAACUAACGGCAUUUAUGAAGCCAUCUACCACGGCGUCCCCAUGGUGGGCAUUCCCAUGUUCGCUGACCAGCCUGAUAACAUGGCGCACUUGAAGGCCAAGGGGGUGGCACUGAUCCUGAACCUGAACUUCAUGAAGGCUGAAGAUCUCACAAAUGCGGUCAAUACCAUCAUUAACAACAAAUCGUACAAGGAAAACGCCAUGCACCUGUCCAGGAUCCACCACGACCGACCCAUGAGCCCGCUGGAGGAGGCUGUGUUCUGGAUCGAGUUCACCAUGAGAAACAAGGGGGCCAAACAUUUGAGGGUCCAAGCCCACGAGCUCACCUGGUACCAGUACCACAGUCUGGAUGUCAUGGGCUUCCUGCUUGGAGUCCUUCUACUCACCUUGUUGCUCUUGGUCAAGAGCUGCAAGUUCUGUUGGCGGAGAUGCUGCAGCGGGAACAGGAGGAGCAAGAGGAAGACGGACUAGAUGCCCUCAAGGGGGGUUUCACAUUAAAAUGUGCUUGCUGAGAAACACUUCAUAUUUCACCUGUGAUCCUUAUCUUCAGUAAGAAUGUCCUCUUCAUGUCAAUUGGCCAUCCUAAUGAGUUGCAGGUGCACCAGCAGCCUCUCUCCAGCUGAUCUGCUGAGUCGUUAUCGCUCUGCCUCUGAUUGGCUGAUGCCACUAGGAAAUAAACACACAACAUAAUGAGUGGUUUGAGUUUGCCUUUAAUGAGGUCACACCUGCCCAACCAGUCCUCAGUGACAGUGACCAGAAAAAGAAAAGGGAAAAAAAAAAAGUUUCCAUCACACGUUCAACUCAAAUAAUUGGACGGUUAUUAAUGUGUAGUGCAGAAAAGUAUCAAUACAACUCCUAAUUUUUCAGUUUGCCAUCUUUGAUCUUCCACAACAUGAGCGCCAUGCAGGCAGCGGCAUCUUCGGCAGUGUCGUGUCCACAAUCUGCAGGAGAUAACACAGCUCAAGAACAUGAAAGUGCCCGUAUGUGCUGCAGUUGUCUGGCUGUCAAGCAAGAUGGCUGCCGACGGCGACCCACCACUCUCCUGGAUGAUCUUCCUCAAGUACUCCGCAGUGAGAGUGUUGAGGGUCAGCUUGUGAGGAGGUCCCAGGUGGUGAGGAAAGACGACCGAUGUGUCCACCACCCGCCCAUGGAACAACUACAGUAAAGAGGAACACACCGCCGCCAUGUUUGUCGUCAGAAUUCAUUUAAAACAGUACUGUUAAUUGUUAUUGUUCCUGGAGCUGGAAAUCCCCAGUCAUGCCACCUCUGUUUAUUACAGGAAACUGUCUCCACGAGCAAUCAUUUUGUGUUCAAAUAUCAUUUUGGUUGGUGGUUGCAGCCUCACUCACUUUAUUUUCAUUUAUUCGUCUUGUAUUAUUACAUUGUCUAAAAUGAAACCUGCACCCUCUCAAAAUAAUUUCUUUCAAAGACAUAAGUUGUGCGUAAACUCUCUACACGCCACGUAAUAAACACUGA